AUGGAAGGGACUCACUAUUUUGAAGAUAUACCCAUCACGAAACAACAGGUCCUCAAUUGUGCCUACGGAUCAUGGUACCCAAGGUAUAAGAAGAUCACUCCGAAAUCACAUAUCAUUCUGUCUUUGCCACAAUCUUUUAUUGAAUAUAUUUUGCAAGAUGGGAUAAAGAUGCCCCCAGAAUUCUUCGUAGAUUAUAUUUUAGAAGAUGCCUCUGAAUACAGUGACUGGGAACAAUCCGAUGACGAGCAGUCAGUGGUUACACCAGAGGCAAGAAAGCACAAACAGCAGCAGCGAAGAUCAGUUGAAGAUCCAACCAAGAAUUUCUCAGAGAUUCAUGAACAAAUCAAAUCUCUUAUCCAAAAAAAUGGCCCAAUGUUACCUAAACUCAACUGGUCUGCGCCAAAGGAUGCUGCUUGGAUCUUGCCUAAUCAUUCAUUGAAAUGUUCAUCGGCUUCUGAGGUUUACUUAUUAUUAAAUGCUUCUUCAUACAUUGUCCAUGAUUUAUCACAAUCUUUAGAUGAAUGUUCAGAUAUUGACGUUGCUAACUUGAAAAAAGAGCAUAAAGGACUCAAGUUUGAUUUGAUUCUCAAAGAAUGGUUUGAUAUUAAUCCUGCUUGGGAAUUCAGGUGUUUUGUUAGAGACCGAAGAAUAGUGGCUGUUUCUCAGCGUGAUCCAAAUUACUAUGACUAUUUACACAAAAUGAAGGAAUCCAUAAAAGAUAAAUUAUUUGACUUUUUCGAUAUUCAUUUGAAGAGGACCUUCCAGAGUGAAACCUUCGUCUUUGAUGUUUACUUACCAGAUAAAUCCGAAAAGGUGUGGUUGAUUGAUAUAAAUCCGUUUUCUAGGACAACGGAUUCAUUGUUAUAUUCUUGGCACGAAAUUUUGAAUUUGGACCUUUCUAAUUAUGAUGAGGAUGAUUUUGACAUGAGAUUAGUCAAUGAGUUUUCUACUGCCAGAUUUGCAUCGAAGGAACAUUCUGAAAAUUAUGUUCCAAAGGAUAUGAUUGAUGCUGCGAUGGAUACCGAAAAAAUGAUCGAACUUAUGAAAGCCUAUCAACAGCAACAAUUAAGUGAUUCUUCCGGAGAUGAAGCUGACGAAUGA